AUGGGUCGAAACUUGUUAAUGAGUAGCCUUGAGAACGCAUCAUUUAAUAUUAUAUUUCAAAUUCUAUUUAGAUGUGUAACAUUUGUGAUUAAUGCAUGGGUAAUCAGGAAUGUUGGACAUGAAGUUCUUGGUAUCAUGAAUGUAAGACUGCUACUGCUUGAGAGUACUAUACUAUUCCUCAGCAGGGAACCAUUUAAUAGAGCAUGUCUAGGACAAAAAGAUGAGUUCAGCUGGAGGCAACUAAUAAAUCAAAUCUGGCUGUCAGUACCUGUGAGUUGUGUUCUGUCUAUAGUUUUUGUAUACAUAUGGUUACACUUGUUACCACUGGGUCACCCAGAACAUGCAACUCAAUAUACAUUUGGUUGCUGGAGUGUGGCAUUGUCAUGUGUUCUAGAGUUAUGUUCUGCUAAUGUAGUUUUAGUGGCACAACUGUUUUGUUUCAUCAAGUUAAAAGUUGCCCUAGAUACUUUGCAUAUUUUUAUAAGAACUUUACUCUUCUUAUCCAUUGUAAUAUAUGACAGGUCUCUUGCACUCGUAGCAUUUUCUGUUGCACAAGUUGGAAGCAUAGGAGCUAUAGUAGUUAGUUACUACAUAUUCUUUUAUUGGUACAUUAAAAAUAAACCACUUUAUGCAAAAGGAGCUCUUAAAAGCAAAGUAGUUCCAGAACCAGUGUUGCAUAGCUUGUAUGACAAUAUGGAUGACUUUCAAUUCACAUCUCUUAGAGACUUCUUGCCAAAAUAUGUUGGAUCAGUGAAUACAUCAUUCAGUAAAAAGUUAAGCACAUUGACUCUAAGUUUUGCUAAACAAGGUGUAGUGAAACAACUUCUAACAGAGGGAGAAAAAUAUGUGAUGUCAGUGAGCCCUGUCAUGACUUUCAGUGAGCAGGCUACAUAUGAUGUUGUCAACAACUUGGGCAGCUUGGCUGCAAGGUUUGUCUUUAGACCCAUUGAAGAUAGCAGUUACUUCUACUUUACCCAAAUGGUGAGCAGAGAAUUACCACUUCAUAAACAAGAUCAAAGUAAAAUUCAAGAAUCAUGUACAGUAUUAUCACAAGUUUGUAAAACAGUUAGUUCAAUUGGCUUAAUAGUUCUAGUAUUUGGACAAAGCUAUGCAAGAACAUUACUUUUGUUGUAUGGGGGAGAGUCAUUUGUUGAGAGUGGGCUGCCUGUACAGUUAUUGAGAAGUCAUUGCUUAGCUAUUGUUUUAUUGGCAGUAAACGGAGUCACAGAAUGCUAUGCAUUUGCCACAAUGACCAGUGCACAGCUGAACAGUUAUAAUUAUUUAAUGGUACUAUUUUCAAUAAGCUUUCUUUUAUUAUCAUAUGUUUUAACAUAUAUUUUUGGACCAGUAGGUUUUAUUAUAUCUAAUUGUAUUAAUAUGUUUGCUAGGAUAGUUCAUAGUGUUCAUUUCAUCAGCAAUAAAUACAAAGAAACUGAUUACAAGCCAUUAGAAGGGCUUUAUGUUGGUAAAUUCUUUUUGUUAACUUUGUUUGUUGCUGGUUGCGUUUGUAAAGUCUCAGAGAAUAAGUUAUCACGUGACUCUGUAACCCUUCAUAUAUUUAUUGGAGCUAUAUCACUAUUUUUUGUCCUAAUGGCAUGGGGGUAUGAAAAUAGAGACCUUGUUAUAAAAGUGUAUAAAAAAGUAUUGAAAAAAGAAGACAAAGUUUCUCUUGACUAGCAUUCAAUGAUUGUUAAGCUACUAUGAGUAUACAUUACCAAUGUUAAAGUAAAAUUAACUAUAUUAAAUAAUUAUAAACAUGUUAUAAGACAAACAA